AUGCCCUCACAGUCCAAACACCCUAACAAAAAUGAUUCCAACACCCUCACGGGUACCCCAUCACGACCUCAACGUACACGCCAUCCGCCCUCAAACCCCAACAUGGUCUCUCCUUGUCCUGAUGGGCGACGACGUGUAUCUUUGGAUCAACAAACAAAGUCACCAGGCCCUUCCCAAAGAAAACGUAAACACCAAUCUUCAAUUGCCGUAUCAGAUUCAAACACCCCUCAGAGUCAGGAUUCUUCCCACGAAUCCGAUAUUGAAGUUGAUCAUGGGAAAGGUAAGGGUAAGCAAAAGAAGAGUGCUACCCGCAAGAAACGAAAGACUACCAACAGCAACAGCGACGAGGUGAGUAACUGUCUUGCUUGCUCAUCUGACUCAUUAUCACUUCAAGAUCUGAUUGUUACUUCUGGAUUGAUUGUAACAGAUCACAUGUACUGGGUCGAGGUUUGUCAGCAGGAAGGAUCUGCAAGCUGA